GAGUCGCCGUCGACUAUGGAACAGCCGUCGACCAUGGCACCGCCCACUGAGCCACCGUCGACUAUGGCCCCUCCUACUUUAGCACCAGAAGAUGCUGCCUGUCUGCAAGCUCACAACGCCAAGCGAGCUCUUCAUGGGUCACAACCGCUGGCCUGGAGUGAUGUACUGGCUCAGCAUGCUCAAGCAUGGGCUGACCACCUGGCAGCGACAGAGACCUUUGUGCACGAACAGGGCAUUGAUGAAGGAGAAAAUCUGUAUUUUGUUAGGGCUUCAACUACCCGCAGUUGCUCCGACGCAGUAGAAUCCUGGUAUAGUGAAGAGCUUCUGUACGAUUAUGACAGACCGCCACAAACAAUCCAAGAGUUUCUUGAAUCUGACAUCGGCCACUUCACUCAGAUUGUUUGGAAUGGGACUACAAUGGUAGGAGCAGGUAUCGCCACCGUAGUUGGAGGACGUCCCCCAAUCCAGACCUACAUAGUGGCUCGGUAUGCGCCACCUGGAAACGUCCUUGGCCGUUUUACAGAGAACGUCAUGCGACCAGUAGUCCCGAUCUAAGUCUAUAGUGCCACCUGACAUCUGCGGGAAGGCGGCCAAUGGUUCCGCUAGAUAGUCAGUUGGCUAUCAUAUAUAGCGAUUAAACAAUGGCAGCAGAUUACAUCGUUUGGUUUUGCACCAUACGUGUUGUGAACGAUGGGGAAUGGAGCAUUACGAUUUGUUACACAGUUGUCUCUUGUCGGCAAAGUCUAAAACAUUCUAAACUUCAGUAGCAUCAAAUAGGGAAAUAAGAUAUUUUUUUUUCUAGAUAAGGUAGAAGAAUAUACCGCAUACUUCUCUUGCAAUUAUAAGCUUGAUUUGAACGUUGCUAGAAAUUAAUGUGUGUAAAUAUUUUCUUUCUAAGCGAAAACGAAAACAAAUAAAUCACCAACAUGUGUCAUGUAUUCA